AUGGAGUAUAUUUUAAGUAAUCAAAAUGAAAAUGUACUGAAUUGUCAAAAUGAAAUUUUAAAGAAAAGAAAAUUAUCAGAUGAGAAUUUUUUUAAUAAUAUUAAUGAAGAUAUUAAUAAUGAUUUAUAUAAAAAUGAAAAUGAAUUAAUUAACAUUAAUGAAAAACAUACUAAUAAUAAAUCAGGAUUAAAUGAGUGCCAUUUAAAAAAAAAUACUUUUACUCCAAAUAAUAAUGAAAUUAUAAAUAAUGGUUUCAUUAAAAAAAUAAAUCAUAUAAAUGAGAAUAUAAAAAAAGAAAAAGAGGUAAUAUUAAAUUAUUCAAAACUAAAAAGUGAACUAGAUUUACAUAAUAAUAAUUCAUAUGGAAAUAAUUUUAAACAAAAUGGGAUAAAUAAUUAUAUUUUAAUGAAUCAAAGUAUAGAUAAUUCAAAUAAUAAAAUGGAAAAAGAAAUAAAUGAAGAUACAUAUAAUUCAAAAUUUAAUUUAAGUAAUAAAAAUGACGAUAAAAAGAUUACAAAUUCACUUAUAGAUAAUAGUACAAUACAAAAUACUAAUCUAAAUAUUCACCAUAUAGAUAAUCAGAAUAAAAAAAAUUCUCUAAAUAUUAAUUUAAGCAAUUCCAUUUCUAUUGAGAAUCAUGAACAAAAAAAUAAUUUUACAGAUGAAAAACAGUUAAAUAAUACUUUAUCAAGUAAUUGCAACCCUAAUUCUAGCAAUUUUAGUUCAAAUUUAAACAAUUUUUUUAAUAGUAAUGUAAAUAUAAAUAUGCAUUUAAAUAAUAACCAUGAAAAUAAUAGUUACACUUCUAUAAUAAAUCAAAUAAAAAUGAAAAAUAAUUUCAGUUCUGCAAUAUGUAAUUCAAAUAAAGACAUAAAUACAAAUAAUAAUGCUUUAAGUAAUUAUUUAAAUAUACAUAAUAAAGAAGAUAUGAUUAAUUCAAAUUUAAGAAAAUCUUCAAAUAAUAGAAAUAUAACCUUUCAUGAUAUUGAUCUAAAAAGAUUGUCGUCAAAUAAUUUAAAAAGAAAAGUGGAUAAUAUAAUAGUUAACAAUAACUCUGUUAAUGAUUUUUCGCUUAAUAGAAAAAUUGAUUUUUUAAAUAGUUAUGACUUAAAUAAAUGUAAAAUGAAUACUAAUACAUUUUUAACUAAUAAUAAUAAUGAUAAAAACAGUAAUAACAUAAAUAACAGUAUGAAUGAUAAUAAUAAAAAUACUAAUAAUAAUAAUGAUAAUAAAAAUAAUAAUAAUAUUAAUACUAAUACUAAUAACGAUAAUAACAAUGGAAAUAAUAACAAUAACUACAAUAACAAUGACAGUAAUGAUAAUAAUAGCAAUAAUGAUAAUAAUAAUAAUAACAAUAACAACAAUAAUAAUAAUAAUAAUAAUAACAAUAACAAUAAUAAUAAUAAUAACAAUAACAACAACAAUAAUAAUAAUAAUAACAAUAAUAAUAAUAACAACAAUAAUAACAACAAUAAUAAUAAUAAUAACAAUAAUAAUAAUAACAAUAAUAAUAAUAAUAAUAACAACAACAAUAGUAAUAAUAAUAAUAACAAUAAUAAUAAUAAUAAUAACAACAACAAUAAUAAUAAUAAUAAUAAUGAUAACGACGAUGAUGAUAAUAAUAAUGAUGAUAAUGACGAUGAUGAUAAUAAUAAUGAUAAUAAUGAUGAUGAUAAUAUUAAUGAUAAUAAUAAUGAUGAUAAUAAUAAUGAUGAUGAUAAUAAUAAUAAUAAUAAUAGUGAUAAAAAUAAUUUAAAUGAUAAUAUUAUGAAUAGCAAUAAUGAUAAAAAUAAUAUAAAUGAAAAUAUUAUAAAUAGUAAUAAUGAUGAAAAUAAUUUAAAUGAUAAUAUUAUAAAUAGUAAUAAUGAUAAAAAUAAUAUAAAUGAAAAUAUUAUAAAUAGUAAUAAUGAUGAAAACAAUAUAAAUGAAAAUAUUAUAAAUAGUAAUAAUGUUAAAAAUAAUAUAAAUGAUAAUAUUAUCAAUAGUAAUAAUGAUAAAAAUAAUAUAAAUGAAAAUAUUAUAAAUAGUAAUAAUGAUAAAAAUAAUAUAAAUGAAAAUAUUAUCAAUAGUAAUAAUGAUAAAAAUAAUAUAAAUGAAAAUAUUAUCAAUAGUAAUAAUGAUAAAAAUAAUUUAAAUGAUAAUAUUAUCAAUAGUAAUAGUGAUGAAAAUAAUUUAAAUGAUAAUAUUAUAAAUAGUAAUAGUGAUUCCAUUAAUAAAAGUGAUAAUUAUAGCAAAGAUAAUUGUUAUAAUGAUAAUAAUGAAAAAGGUGGAAACAAUAAUAGCAAUUGUGAUAAAAAUAGUAAUAACAAUAACAAUUAUGUAAAUAAUGAUAAAGGAAAUAAUAUUUUAGAAAACAAUUCUAGUAGUAAUAGUAGUAUUAUCAAUACUAAAAACAGUAUAAAUAAUAAUGUAAAAAUUGAUAAUAAACAAAUUAAUAAUGGAAUCAAUAACAUUAUAUAUAAAAGUAUUAACGAAAACUUAAUAAAUAAUACUAAUGAUAAUAUUAUUAAGAUUACCAGUAACAUUAAUGAAAAUAAAAAUAAUACCAUAAAUAAUAAUGUUAUAAACGAUGUUAAUAACAAUAAUAACACAAUUAAUAAGAAUAUUAAUAACAGCGCUAAUGAUAGUAUUAAAUAUGAUAUAUUGGGAAAUGAUCAAAAAAAUAUAUUGAUGAAUAAUAAAAUUGAAAAUAUUACAGAAAAUAUAAAUAAUCAAAGUAAAUUGAUAAAUCAGAAUGUAAACAAUAUUGAUAUAAACAAUAUGAAAUCAAAUUUAGAAAAUAAUAAAAAUACCAUCUCACAAACAAGUAAAAAUAUGAACAUAAACAGUUUAAAUAAUAUUAUGAAUAAUAAUGUACAACUUAUAAAAAAUAAUAAUAUAAUUUCUAAUAAACAUAUUAUGCAUAUGAAUACAAAUAACACAAACGUAAGUAAAGGAAACAAAAUAAAUAAAUUAAAUGAAAUAAAUAAAAUUAACAAUAUUAAUUUCAUUGAUGAAAAAUCACAUUUAAUAAAUGAUAUAUGUAAAACAAAAAUAACCAAAUACAAAAAUAUAGAUGAUCAAGAAAAUUCUGUAAAUAUGAAACAAAGGAUAGAAGAAUUCAAAUUAGAAGAUAAGAAGAAAGAUAUUGGAAAACAUGAUGAAAUAGAUACAUUUAUAAAAGAGGAUGAUAACGAUUUUAAUAAUAAUAUAAACAAUAUUAGUAAUGCAAACAUAUGUAAUAUGAAUAAUGUAAACAACAUUAAUGCAUUGAAUAAUUCUAAUCGUAUAAAUAAUGUAAAUUUAAUUAAGAACACGAAUAAUUUUAAUUCUAUGAAUAUUCCAUUAAAUAAUAUAAAUUCAUAUCAUUUUAAUAUGCCCUCAUAUAAUAAUGUUAAUAUGGUUAAUUCAUUCAACAACACUAAUAAUAAUUUUUUACCAACUAAUCAAAUGAAUCCAAUUUCUAAUAAUCUCAUGAAUGAAUUACAUAAUAAUAGUAAUAAUAAUAAUUUUUCAGGAAAUGCAAAUUUUAUAAAUAAUGCAAAUAAAGUUCCUAGUAUUACACAGUUAGGAUUAAAAAACAAUAAGAAUAUGUUUUUAAAGAGUUCUAACACAAAUGAAUUUGAGAAUUUAAAAAAAAUAUGUUCUAAUUAUUCUAAUAGUAGGAACUCAAAUAAUAAAGUCAGUUCAAAUGAAAAUAAUAAAAGCACUAUAAAAAACAUACGUCUUGAAAAUCUGAGUUUUAAUGAAAGUAUUAAUUUAAAAAAUGUUGAUGAUUUGGAUUUGAGUAUUAAUUUUGUUAAUGGUAAGUAUAUCUCUAAAUUAAAUAGCGAUGAAAAAAUAUACAAUAUAGUUCAUUAUAUUGUGAAAAACUCAUUAGUAGAUUACCUUUUUGAUUUUUAUAACAAUGAAAGCUUAAUUUAUAAGGAUAAAGGGGAUGCAUCAGAAGUUAAUAGUAAUCAAAGUUUAAAAUAUUCUAAAAAUGUAAAAGAUGAAGAAAAUGUAAUAAAAGAAAAUGAUGAAAAAAAAGAAGGAAAUCAAGAAAAAGAAACAGAUCAAAAAUCAGUAAAUGAUAACGAAGAAAACAAAAAAGAGAAUGAAGAAAAAGUAAAAAAUGAGGAUACCAUAAGUAAAAAAAUAAAUGUUAUAAAUCAUAGUAAAAAAGACGAAAUGGAAGAAAGUAAAAAUGAAGAAAUGUUAAAAGAAAAUAAUAAUGAUGCUGAAAAAAACAUAGAUUUAAAUGAAUUAAAAAAAGUUUCUAAUAGUAAUAAUAUUGAUAUAAAUAUAAGUGACAACAAUCUUUCAAAUAUUAUAGAUAACAAAAAAAAUGCUAAUACAGAAAAAUUUGCAAGCAUGGAUAAUAAUAAUAAUAAUAACGCAUUAAAUGAAUUAAAUAAAGAUACUAUUACAAGUAAAAACGAAGAGGUAAAUGGAGAAAAAUCAAAUAGUAUGGGAAAAAAUGGGAACGAAAAAAAUAUAGAAGAUAAAAUCAAUGAGGAAAGAAAAAAAUUAACUCUCGACAAAAAUCAAAAUGAUGGCAUCACAAAAAAGAUAGAAGAUGGAAUUGAAAAAACGAAUAAAAUUUUGAAUGUAGAUAAUGAUAAAAAUUGUAAAAAGGAUUCCACAAGUUAUAAUUUAGAAGAUUGUACUUCUGAAAAUAAUAAAUCAAUAUUAAUUGAAAUAACAAAAAGUAUAUGUUCUAUAAUAAAUUUACAACAGUUGUUACCAGUUAAUUCUAGAUUAUCAAACCCUAAUUUAAUUUAUGAUCCUAAUUAUGAAACUAUAUACUUAAAAUGGAAAACAUUUUUAAAAAAACAACAAUCAAGCGGAAAUUUAAUAAGUAAAUGUUUUUCAAGAGAUUUUUUAUAUACAAUUUUAUUGUGUAAUUAUGCAAGUAUAAUUGAAGAUUUAAAAAAAACAGCUGUAAAAAAAAAAAUAAAGUAUUUUUUUUUACAUUUAUGCUUGGAAGCAGGAAUUUCUAUUAAUGUUGCACUAAUGUUAUUUAUUAAUGCAACUAAACAAAAUAACAAAUUACAAUCUUUAUUACCGUCAGAAACAGGAUUAGGAUAUUUACAUAGAGAUGCUGGUGGAGCAAAAGAAGAAAAUAUGGGAAUAAUAACAUUUGAGUGUAUAACGAAUGAUAGAGAACCAGAUCAUUUAAUAAAAUUAAUAACAUUAAAAAAUAUUUUCUCAAGACAAUUGCCUAAAAUGCCUAGAGAAUAUAUAGUUAGACUUGUAUUUGAUAGGAAUCAUUAUACUUUUUGCUUACUUAAAAAAAAUACGGUAAUCGGAGGGGUAUGUUUUAGGCCAUAUUUUGAACAAAAAUUUGCAGAAAUAGCAUUUUUGGCAGUUACUUCAACUGAACAAGUAAAAGGUUAUGGUACAAGGCUAAUGAAUCAUUUAAAGGAACAUGUUAAAAAAUUUGGUAUUGAAUAUUUUUUAACUUAUGCAGAUAAUUUUGCCAUUGGUUACUUUAGAAAGCAAGGAUUUUCUCAAAAAAUUUCAAUGCCAAAAGAAAGAUGGUUUGGGUAUAUAAAAGAUUACGAUGGUGGUACUCUAAUGGAAUGUUACAUAUUUCCAAAUAUAAAUUAUUUAAGACUUUCUGAAAUGUUAUAUGAACAAAAAAAAACAGUAAAAAAAGCAAUUCAUUUUAUAAAACCACAAGUAAUGUUUAAAGGUUUAAAUUUUUUUACUGAAAAUAAAGGAGCUUAUUUACAUCCAAGUAAUAUUCCAGGAUUAUUAGAGGUUGGAUGGAAAAAGGAAAGUAAAGAAAUAUCAAAAAAAGUUCACAAUAAAGAAAUUCAAUUAAAAGAUCAAAUUUUAAAUGUUCUUGAUUUUUUGGAAAAGCAACAAUCAGCUUGGCCAUUUCUUAAACCUGUUAGUCUUUCAGAAGCACCUGAUUAUUAUGAUAUCAUAAAGGAACCAACUGAUAUUUUUACUAUGAGGAGAAAAGCUAGACAUGGGGAAUAUAAAACAAAAGAAGAUUUUGGAAUUGAACUUAAAAGAAUGUUUGAUAAUUGCCGCUUGUACAAUGCUCCAACUACUAUUUACUUUAAAUAUGCAAACGAAUUACAAACUCUUAUAUGGCCAAAAUAUGAAAGCAUAAAUGAUAAUGCAAAGUAA